AUGACGAUCCUCCGUUUGCACUUCCAAGUUACGGGACACAAGCAACCCAUUUUAGCUGUUGGAGCUCAUGGAGACCACCUUGCAACGGCCGAGCACGGGGCCGUUCGCUUGUGGUCGUUCGGGGCCUCAAGUGCGGCGGCGGGAGGCCCUUCUCUGGUGCAAGGGUUCCCGUGCUCUCGGCAACCGUUGCGGGCGCUGUUCAUGCUCCCGGGGCGUGGUAUUAGAGGUGACAGCUACUACGUGGUCGGAGUUUUCGAGGAGGACGGCGUGGUGCUGUUUGACGUGCGCGACGGCGGCGAGGUGCACCGCCAUGUGCUCCUGCACCUUGGGAAGAAAAACCUUGGUUGGGGGAUGGGCUUGCAGUUCCGUACUUUCUCGCGCACUGCACGCCAUUCAUACGUCGCCGAACGUCUCGCUGUGUCCCGGUGUGCCCCCACUCCCCAAAGAGAAAGCAAGAUCCUGACAGCGGCAUGGAACGCGGACACUUGCUCGCUGGCGAUAGCGACCGCAGGUGGCGGUGUCAAGAUUUACGGAAUCUCGCCAACCCCCCCGUCGGAACUACCGAGUAGUAUUGGUAGUGGCAGUGGCAUCGGUAGUGGCAGCACCGCAAGGGGCGUCAUCGUCGUCGUUCCAGGAGAGAAAGAGAGACAGCAGCAUCCCGACUCCGGUACCGCUGCAUCUGCUACGACCUCACCACCGACACGGCCAGUGACUGCGGUACUACGACACGAAAUCGUCAUCAAUACCGUGUUGACGACCACGGGCGGCACCAGAAAGCGUGUAAGCAGGCAGGUGAGCUCGCUUGCGACAUCAUCCGACGGGGUUUCUUGGGAAGACUUCGGCGGCGAAGGCCGUGACAAUGACUGCGGAGGGGUACGCAGCAGGGUGGCGGCCGUCGCGGGCGCCGGCAUUCUUGUGGGAAUUGCCGAGGGCCAGCACCUCUGCGUUUGGGACCUCGUGGCAGGCUCGACCCUCCUCACUGCCCUCUCCAUAGCACCGAGGGGCUGCACCGUCGAGAAAGUGCUGUGGCACGGGCCGACGGCGCUGGUGGCGCUGCUGUAUCACGACGGGAUAGGGGUGUCGAGGGUCGACGUACACCAGGUCGACGUUGGGAGGAGGAUCACGAUACCGCUUCUUUCCUACACGUCUGACGUGCUUAUCGCCGGAGCUAGCUUUUCCGCGGGUCCAUCAGAUCGGGCGGCGAACGUCCAAGUUCCGCCAACGGGGACAACGCCAUGGCACGACCACAACAACCUGUCUGAUCCCGCAACUGCCAUGGAUUGCAGUUACGCUUCAACCUACUUGCAUGUCGUUGACCGCCUGCGCACGCUACGCACGUGGCUCUUGCACCCCGGCGGGUCCACCGCUGUGGCAGCGUACACGCUCCCCGCCGCGGCGCCACGCGUCCCAAAGGAACCCGCACUUGCGCCUGAAACUCAGCGUACCGCUCAGCGACGACAGCUUCGCACCCGCGCCGGUGAAGGCGAGACUGAUUCUGCGUCGCCGCCGGGGCCCGCAGUUGGGCCCGAGUCGUCCUUUUCCGACACCAAAGGGUCGUCGUUGUCAUCCCCUCAUGGCAGUGGCCGUGGAGGCGACGGUGCCCCCUACGAUACUGGACAACAGAGAUGCACAACUCAACCGGACCUGAGGCACAAGGGAAGGCCGGCUGAAAAACAAGCUGUCAACGGUGGCGAUGAUUUCGGGGAGGAGGGUGAGGAGGGGGAGGUCGAGCAGGAGGAGGCCGUAGACCCGCGAAAGUUGCCGUCAGGGGCUCUGAUCGCAGCAGUAAUCCCUAGUCGCUUGCGAUGCCCAGACGUCGCCGCUGGUCCCGGACUGCUAGUCGCGGCCGGGGUUGCGCUGUCGGGCGUCAGCUUCCUACCUGAGGAUCGAGAGGGUAGGCAGGACCAGAGCCCUAUCCUCUGGGAGUCUGGCGAAGAAGAGGCGGGGGUGCGACAUGGCAGCAUUCAAGAGGGUGGGGGGAACGCGGGGGCACCAUCGCGAGUGCUGGGAAUGCGGAGCCUUGUGCCUCGGCGUGGAGCUCUGCAGGCGCUCGCUUUGGUGUGGGCCGAGCGGCCGUCGUUUCAGGUGCUGGACGUGAGCCGUGGCGGGCGGGCUGGAGUCGUUGAGGAGGUCUCGCUCGCUCGGAGACAUCGGUACGGGGAAGAUCAAGUAGAGUCGGCUCCGCGAGUGGACCGCCCUUGCUUCAUCACGUCGUGGUGUCACAGCACCACCCUGGGGGUCCUCCUCUGCGGGUGGAACGACGGCACGGUGGAUGUCAUGAACCCACGCACGGCGUCCGUGUCAUUCCGACUCCGGCGGUCGCAGCAGCAACUCUUGCCGGCGAGGGGCGCGUGCGUCUCGACGACGGCCGUGGGGCUCAUCCCCCUGUCCCUGCUCCUCCGGCACGCCGGCAACCAAUUCAUUUCGGAGGCUGAGUUAUCUGGCGGCUCCUUACCGCACGACGAUGCAGGCGGCGGCGGCGGCGGCGGCGGCCGCGGGGUUGUCGCGCUCGUUGGCAGCGCCGACGGUACCGUCGCCUUGUGGUCGGCGGGUCCCGCGUCGCGCCGACCGUGGCACGUCAUUCUCGCACACACCGAUGUGGUCGUUUCCAUUCGGACGGCCAUGGACGCCCCCCAGGACCCGCUCGAGCGGCUCGGCGGGGUGAAGGAGGCUGCUGCCGCCGAUGGCCACGGUAGUGGCCCCGGAAACAGGGUCGGGGAAUAUUCCUUCUUUGUCGUGACCGCGGGCGCCAACCGGGAGGUGAAAGUUUGGGGCAUCGACACCGCACGAAGGCAAGACAUGUCCCCUCUCACCCUCGCGGGGUACACCGUUGUCGGCAGCGGCGGAGGCGGUAGUGGUGGUGGAGACGUCGGGCGCCUCACGGCUCUCGAGCUCCUGUCCGAGGGGCACAUGGCGUGCGGUUUCGAGUCGGGCGCUGUGGAAGUCUGGACGAUCCCGUUCGCCAGCCGCAGCGGGGUCCUCGCAUCGACGCGAGAGGCCCUGCAGGCGUUUCCGCUUGCUCACGAGGCGAGGGUAACGUCGAUCGUCGUGGCGCUUGGGAUGGGCUUUCGUUCGCACAGCGGCGGCGGCGGCGGGGGGGUUAAGGCUGGGCGGGUGAUCCUGACCACCUCGGCCGACCGCACCAUGGUGCGCUGGGUGUCCAUGGCCCCCGGCGACAACAUAAGGCCGCUCCGUCGGUACUGCCUCUCCGUGGAGCCAGCCGCCGCCGUUCUCCUCCCUCCUCCCGUCGAUGUCGAGCCCGCUCUCGGGACCGCUGGCCGACACGCCGGCGGUCCUUCCCCGCCCAGAAAGUUCGCAAAGGUCGACAUCAUGGUGGCCGGCUCGGCGGUGGCGGGGUCGACGGCGAGGGUGUCUUCGAUUAGGACGCCAAACACGUUCCGGGUGGUGGCCGCGCUAGACGGCGUUGUCACCGUGCUCGAGUCCGCCACGGUCGAAGCUUUGAUGGGGGAGGGCGGCAGCGGCGGUGGUGGCGGCAGACAAUCCCAACACCUGUGUCCGGCGGUGACCAACGCGUUUCCGGGGAAACCUUUGAUACCACGGCUCCCGUCUCGCUCCGUCGCGUACGGCGGAUCGUCGUCAUCGGAGACCACUGCAGCACGAGGAGAUGUGGCUUACCGUUGGAGGGUGGGCGGCCUGAGGGGUCGCGAGGCCGGACGGUACCACGUCUUCAGCGGAAUACAGGGGCCUCUGGUGGGAUGGGAGGCUUCCGGUACGAGAAGAAUGGCGCUGACCGCUGCCUCGCGAGAUGCUUGGCUCUCGUUGCCCGGAGCGGAUGGCGGUGGUGACUCGCACGACGACGGCGCACACCGGGCCUCCUCCCCAACGAGUGACCUGCGGCCAGAAUCAUCGAAGCGCGAGCGCAAGAAGACUUCGAGGAGGGGGGGCGCCGGAAAACGAAUUCCAAUGCGACGGGCACCGACACCCGCUAGAUGCAGCAUCAAUAAUCUCACGGUGUGCCCCCCGCCGGAUCCCCGAGAAACAAGCAUCAACAGCGACCGCGCCGGCCACGCUCACGAUAUCAGCGACAAGCCCCCGCCGCAAUACGCAUAUCGGCAAGUCAGUGGAGGGAAAACGAUAAAGAUCGACCCCGAAUUCGCCGCCGCCGCUGCCGCCGCCGCCGCCGCCCCGUGGGACCACCUGUUUCUCCAGCAACCGAGCACCGGGGACGGUGCCGUGCUGCCCCAAUCGGUAGAAGGGAGCGGUGAGGUAGAGCCUGAGGGGCAGCACAUCGCGGGCAUUCACUCCCUGGAGCUGGUCGUGCCGAGGGCCGCCCGUCCCAGGGACAGGGACGAAGAUUUCUCCGCCGUUGCGGGAUCUUUGCGGGGGGGUACCACCUCGGGGUCUCCGAACGGCGGCGGCGGUGGCUCCGUCUCCUCGGGGUUUAGAUAUCCACCCGGUUCGUCGCUCUCCGAUACCAACGAAGACGGCGCCACGCUCGCGUUGGAGGCUUCUGGGUCUGAUCUGCGCGAGGUAGGAUCUGGGGCGGUAGAGUCGGGCGCGAUGUUUGCCUAUUCGUCUAAGGUAGUGCCGCCGAUUGACGGUUGUUUUUCAGGGAAACCGGUGGCGACGGGAGGGAGGUAUCCAAGUGGUGGUGGGGGCGAACGUAGCAGUAGUCUAGCCGGGGAGAGAAUUCACAGCAGAGCGCAGCGACGUGAACAGGCCGAGCACUCAAUGAACGAAGAAGAAGAACGAGAAGAGCAGGCACAGCAGCAGGGCAGCGGUCGCUCAGCGAAAGGUGGCGACCAAGACAACAAUAACAACAUUGACGGAGGCAAACUGGAGGGGCCAAUGAACGCCGUCGUUGCCGCAUCCGUGGCCGCCCGCCGCGCCAGGGAUGCGUGGGACGCCCGGGGACGGACAGAGACGCCGGUGGUUGUCGGUCGACGGCAGCCGUCAUCCAUGCACGAGUCCAGGCUCCAAUUCAACUUCGACUCCGCUCAAACACCGUCUUCGGGGAUGUCGGGCGUGGGAGUUGCGGUACCUAAGGGAUACGCGGACGCAAGACUCCGGGCGGCCAAACGGAGCUUUACGCCGAGCACGUCGCUGAGAAAGAUAGCCAAGCGUCGAUUCAUCCCGCGGGGUGGGACUUUGAACGAACAAAAAGCCACCGUGGCAGAUGCCGCAGCGCAGAUGAGGGCCGGAGCAGGACCCGCCGACCGACAGGAAGAGUCGGAGACCGCCGGGAACGUCGCGGCAGAGGUUUACCCGACGGGGCUCGUCGUGACUAAGCACUUCCGGGAGUCCUCCACCGGUCGUGAAAUCCUGAUGCUCGAGGUCGACAAGGUGGGGAGCGACGUCUUAGGCGCAGACCGGCGAAGCCUUUGGGCCGGAGACGCCGGUGCCCUGUCACAACCGUUGACUUUCGGCGGGCGCCAGGGAGUGGCAGCGGGCGAAGGCGUGGGGCUUGACGAAACAGCCGCCGCCGCCGCCGCCGCUGCCGCCGCCGCUGCCGCCGCCGCUUCUGCUGCUGCUGCAGAGCUGGCUUCGCUGUCACCGCGCUCGAAGAGGCUGCGAGAGGUCUUCCAAACGCUGGCGGCUGGGCGGGACGUGCUGACGCAAGAAGCGUUGGUGAAGUGGGACUACGUGGCGCGGUCCAUAGAACGAGGGCUAGUGUCCCAGUACCAGGUGAGGUCUCUCUUUCGCCAAGCGCACGGCGGUCGGCAUAGGGGCAAGAUGGAAUGGCGGGACAUGAUCGCUUUCUACGAAGGAAUGGAGUCUGCCCUUGACAAGGCCUGCGCCCCGCCCUUGGUGGAGGAGUUCGUCAUCGACUCCGUAGAGUGGGACCGCGUGUCAGCCUCGCUGUACCUCACCAAGCGCGGCGAGGUGUACGUCGUCGCCGUCGAAGCAGGUGCCGGCAGCGGCCACGGCACCCCUCCGUCACCGGCGACGGUCCGACUGGGUGGUGACGGCGACGGAGCCUCUCGUGGCGGCGGGUGCACGCAGGCCGUGGCUGGGUCGGCGUCGGCCACCGUUGCUAACCCGGACGUCCCCGCGCGACUCACGUUGUCUGGCCUUUCCCCCGAGCGGGACUACCUGCUGUACGCGUACGGGGAGAACAGCGUCGGCGGCCGGUUGGGGGCCGGGUUCAGGGGCGACGGCUGCCAUGGCGGGGACGCCACUACCAGCGGCGUGUUCUCCAUGGAGCCGGCUCCGUCGGGCAUGUCAGCGGCGCUCGUAGCGGCGACUCGGCUAGAAGCCAGGACGGAGCGAGAGCCCGACGAAGAGCUGGACGUCCCCUGGAAGGACCUCUCUGAGUCGGAGCAGAUUGCGGAGGCGCUGGCGGCGCUGAUGGACCCCGUCGUGGCGCGCGCGGCGAGGGAAGCGGCGCUGGACCCGCCGACGGCGGAAGACCUCGCGCCGGGGAGGUGCGCGGCAAAUCCCGUGUCGAGGAACAAGUGGCGGUCGUUCUGCCGGUGGUGGGCGACGGCCGGGGGCAGCAACGGGGGGGGAGCUGCCGGCGGGGGGGGCACCGAAAGGUCUGCAUUUCUGCUGAGGGAGUGCGUCUUUGCAGCUCAACAGCCGGAGAUUCUGGAAGAAGCCGCCAUGAUGGGGGUCCAGAUCCUGGAAGGUGACUGGAACGCCGAGGUUGAGGUGGCGGCAAGCGGGGGGAGUAUCAACCCGAACAAGAACCCCUCCGCUCGGCAACGCCGCUGGACCGCGUUCCGAUCCUGGUACCGGGGAGGGCGGGUGUUCGACAGGGCCGACGAGACGCUAAUCACCGCCGCCAUGCUGCGCCGGCCGCCGUCCCCGGGGUCGCAGGGCCGGCCCCUCACCCCGCGCCUGACGCCCGCCGACGGACCUCGUCCCGCCGCUCCGACCACAUUCGGAGAGGAAGAAGUCUCCGCUACACCAACGACGGCGGUCGACAAGAGUGGCGACGGAAACGAGCAAGUAGAAACGGCCGCCGCCGCCGCCUCCCUGGAACCCACCGACGGCGCGCGAGCCGAGGUGGAAAAGACAACGGCGGCGGUGGACAAGGGCACGGUACCGGGGCCCGUUACGCCAUUAGCGGGAAUUAUGCGCGGGCGAAAGACUACGCCGCCGGCGCCGCCAGAACCACCGGGAGGGGGAGGAGCAGGGUCGACGUUGCACGUGACGCUGCUGAACACCGACCAGGCAAAGCGAGCACGGACGUCCAGCACGGACGAUGGGGCUGCUACCGCCGACGGCUCCGUAGAGGACGGAUGUGCCGCGACGGAGGUCCUCCGGGAACAACAAGACCAUGGCAUUGACACCGCUCGCCUGGCGGGUAUUGCCGGAUGGGACGCAAGAGAAGACGAGGUGCAGGCAGACGAGGAAGCGGCGGGGGCCUUCAGGCUCGAGUUUGAGGGCGACGAACAGGGUGACGGUCUUGACGGUGGUGGAGCAACAGCCAUGCCGACGACGUCCCGCGAGGGCGGGACUGCCGCCGCGAAACGGCUGCGGAUGGAGGCCCGCCGAAAGUUUCUGGCGGCAAGAACGGUCACUUCCACGCAGGCGGCAAGCAAGGCGAGAACAGAAACGGUCGGCCGGCUUCUGGACGUGAAGCGGGAGGACGUCAAGGCGAAGCGGGCGGCGGAGGCCGCCUCGGGGGUGGUUGCGCGCCGCGGGAGGGCGGCGGCGGCGGCGAAGAAGCGGCGGCGCAGCCAGGUGGAGAAGGCCCUGGCGCUCAAGAAGGCCGAUGAGCUCCUCGAGGAGUCCGGAAAAGCCGAAGACAUUAGGCAGCGGCGGGGGUCGCUGGGAACGCUGCGACCCGAAGACA